AUCAUGCAGCUCGCAGCGUGUCUUCGUUAACACGCAGCAACAUCAUUCCAUCCAGCGACGGCCGCCAGACUAGACUCUGUCCUAAGCAGCUGAAACCAUUGAACAUCAAACAAUAGUAAUUAUUCAUCCAGUCAGUGAUUUCGUCAAGGAUGAGUGGAAAAUUGAGGGAAGGAUUACUUUUGGGCUUGGGAAAUCCACUACUGGAUAUCUCAGCAACCGUAGAUGAUGAUUUUUUGAAAAAAUAUGGAAUGAAACCGAAUGAUGCCAUUCUAGCUGGGGAGCACCACAAGCCAUUAUACGAUGAGCUUAUUGAACAGUACAAAGCGGAUUUCAUUGGAGGUGGAUCAGUUCAAAAUACUCUCAGGGUUGCGCAGUGGAUUUGGGAAAAGCCCCAUAUUUCCACAUUCAUGGGUUGUGUGGGGAGAGAUAAAUAUUCUAAAAUCCUGGAAGACAAGCUUUUGGAGAGUGGAGUGAAUGUUAGAUAUCAAUACCACGAUAAAGAGUCUACUGGUACCUGUGGAGUGCUUAUUACUGGAAAAAAUCGAUCAUUAUGUGCGAAUUUAGCAGCUGCAAAUUGCUUCUCACCACAUCAUCUCGACGAUCCAGAGAAUCAACUCCUUUUAGAAAAUAGUGAAUAUAUCUACAUUUCUGGCUUCUUCUUGACCGUCAGUCCAGUAACCAUUCAAACAGUAGCGAAACAUGCGCACGAGAAGAAUAAAAUGUUCAUGAUGAAUCUGAGUGCACCAUUUCUGUGUGAAUUCUUCAAGGAGCCAAUGCUGGCAGCAUUCCCUUAUGUAGAUAUACUAUUCGGCAAUGAAACAGAGGCAGAUGCCUUCUCAAAGGCGAAUGACUUAAAAACGACGGACAGGAGGGAAAUUGCCUUAAUAAUGUCGAAGAUUAAUAAAAUAAAUGAUAAGAGGAAGAGACUUGUUGUUAUCACUCAGGGGGCUGAGAAUGUGAUCGUAGCUAAAGAUGAUACCGUCACAGAAUAUCCAGUCAGGAGAAUACAGGAAGAUAAAGUUGUGGAUACGAACGGUGCUGGAGAUGCCUUCGUCGGAGGAUUCCUGGCACAAUACAUCCUUGGCAAGAGCAUCGAUGUAUGCAUUGAGUGCGGCGUCUGGGCAGCUACAGAAAUUGUCCAAAGAUCUGGUUGUACUUACGUAGGAAAAGCUAAUUUUCUAUCUUGAAAUUAUAUUUUCACACAUUCGAGAGAUACCUGUACAUUUUGGAAAACUACCAGGGGACGGUUACUUAAAAAAAUUUGGUUCUUUGAAUAAAUCGUUUAACCAAAA